CACCUCUGUCCGUGACAAUAGUGGCGGUAGGAAGUUACCAAAUUCUCUAUUUUUCAAUAGUAGGUACCCGUACCAGCAAGCUACACAGACUUUGGACCUUGUUGAUCCACAACUGCCCUCCCUUGACUACUUAAAAGAUACGAAAAAUAGAGAGAGAUCUGAAACAAGGAAAACAAAACUUUCUGUCGCCCAGACCUCCGCAUCCUCCGAAUGCUUACAAAACAACUCUGUAAAAUCUUGACUUUAGGUUAUUACAGCACAGAAGAGGAACGGCUGGAGGAGCCGGUAAUCAUGGGCCAGAGUUGCUCCAAGCUCCCGCCAAUGGACGAAGCACAAUGUCAAGGGAAAUUAGGUGCAUCCGAAGACUAUAUUCACCACACCGCUACACCGACUAUAGCACAUAUCCCACCCCCACCGGUCGAUGGAGGUUUUUCGCCAAAGCAAAUACUGACACCAUCUAGAGCCACUGCUGGAUCGAAGCGCAAUAGGGAUGGGAUUUUUUCUUCGAUCCGAAGAUCAAUAUUACGUGUCGGCUCUAGGGUUGAUCGAAACGGAAAUGCAUUUUUCGGUGCCCCACAAAAUGGGAAGGACGACGGUGUUCCAAACUCGCCAAGAGCGCGAGCCUCAACAUAUAGCCAUGUUCACGAUAUUGUGAUGUACAAUUUGUCAGAGGCAGAAAUCAGUAAACAUGACCAGAAUGUGCCAAUGGGAGUAAUAGGGUUGAAAAACCUCGGAAAUACCUGUUUCUUGAACAGCAGUUUGCAAUGCUUAAGUGCAACAAUUCCACUGACAGACUACUUCCUAGGGUAUGACUAUCGGUCGGAAAUCAACAAGAAGAAUUUUCUUGGAACUGGAGGAAAACUUGUUACUGCAUAUGCCGAACUCACAAAACAACUUUGGCUUGGAAGUAAAUCUGUGGUAGAACCCAUCGACUUUAAGAAACAACUUCAGACCUUUGCACCACAAUUUUUGGGCUAUCAUCAACAUGAUGCACAGGAAUUGCUUGCCUUUCUGUUGGAUGGAAUUCACGAAGAUCUAAACCGAGUGAAAGAACGCCCCUACGUCGAAGAUAGAGACUGUGAUGGAAGUAACGACGAAGAAGAUGCAGUAGAAAACUGGAAGAAUUAUUUGCGACGAAAUAAAUCUCUAGUCGUCGAUAUGUUCCAAGGACAAUUACGGAAUACGUGCAAAUGUUUGAAGUGUGGGCAAAUCAAUAUUAGAUUCGAGCCAUUCAUGUAUCUUUCUCUCCCAAUAACGAAGGAUUGUAAAUCUAUUGAUGACUGCAUGGACCUUUACUUGAAAGAGGAUGUCCUGAAAGGCGCUGACCAGUAUUUUUGUGAAAAGUGCAAUGAGCAUGUCGACGGAACCAAAAAACAAGAUAUAUGGAUGCUUCCACCAGUUUUAAUUGUUCAUUUGAAGCGUUUUAAAUAUAAUGAUUACGGCAAGGUUGGUUCAAAAAACGAUGCUUCGAUAAGAUAUCCUGUUACGGAAUGGGAUCUGAAAUCACGUGUCAAAAGUUCCCGCGGAGUAUAUCCCAUGUACGAUCUGUAUGCCGUCUCAAACCACAUGGGAGGACUCGGAGGAGGCCACUACACCGCCCACACACUAAACCGAUUCGACGAUGUCUGGUACGAGUUCAACGACAGCUCCUACCGUUCUGUUGAUGAUUCCGUCCACCAGCGGUUAUUCAAAUCCUCUUAUGUUCUCUUCUACAAUCGUUCGGAGGGCGAUGCGAGCAUGCCACUGAACGAGCGGAGUCCGAUGAUCCGAAGGCAGAGUGUCUCUCGACCGGAUCUCUGGCCGCACUCCCAAGUGGACGACCCUCGCGAAGUUAAAAACUUUAGGAGGUCGCACGUUCGGCGACACCACGACUCUCCCGGGGAGGAUCCACCGGAUUUCGCGCCUCGACGACACGUCGAUUCCGUAUCUAUCCCGUUGUCUCCGAAGACAACGGCCCCAAAUGCAAGUGCGAGCAACCGCAACAGCUACACCCAACCGGCUGCCCAGUGCUUGUCAUCAAUUAGCGAGGGAGCCGCGAAAAUGCCAUCCAUUGAAUUCGCACCGGGGAAAAAUAAUUUUGUUCCAAUGGAACAGAUGACGACGCUAAAGCCGUCUGUCUCCCACUCUCCGAUCGAGAAGUUUUUGAACGGCAAAUCGGCUACCUACACAACGGCCACCAGAGGCUCGGUAAAGAAAGAAAAAUAGGGAGACCAGUCUUCCUGCUUUGGAACAACAGCCAAAAUUGGUAUGGCGUGCAAAUCGAGUGACAAAAACAAACGAUAACUUUUUAAUCAACCUGGGUGAGUUGAUCUCGACCGUUCGAGGACGCGAUGUUCAGACCGGUUGAUGCCAUCGAUUCUAUUAUGUUUAGGAUUUUUUGAGGGGAUGCUAAUGUUAGAUUUCUAAAUGUAUUAUCAAAAAUGCAACAGCUAAUCAUUCAUAAUGUAUAUGUACAAUCACGGUAGUGCGAUGGAGUACUAGCGCAGAGCAUAUCGACCGCCAAGUUCUUCGAAGCGGAUACAUUCCUGCACCGUGCCAUGCCGCGCUGCGCUAUCCUGCGUUGUCGUUCCGUCUUGCGUGCAUCUCUACCGUUGUCGCCCUUGCGCGAAUCACAU